GUUUUUGUCUUAUAACCUCACUUUAGCUUAUUAACUUCAAAGAUUUGAAUUUUUGUAAUUGAGUUAUGAGUUCAGAUUCCGAACCAGAGAUGCAUCCCUACCUUCUAUCCACACACCCCCUUUUAAACCCUUUCGUCUACCAGGAUCCAUUAAGAACUCCCGCUAUAUCUGCAGCGAUUUCCAAUAAUGACAAUGAGAGAGUCAAAAGUCUUUUAUACAGUGGAAAAUGUGUAAAUUAUGCGGAUAACAACGGCAACACGCCUUUACAUCAUGCAGCAUACUUGAAUAGGACUGAAGUUAUUCGUACAUUGAUUGAACACGAAGAUAUCAUUAUAGAUCCCAAAAACUACGAGGGUUAUACUCCUUUACUACUGCACUUAUCAAAUAAUCCAGUGGAAGAAAUUGUGAUGCUUUUAUUGAGUAACGGGGCAGAUGUUAAAACGACAAGUAAGUUAGAUGAAAGUGUGCUACACAUGGCUGUUAAACAUAGCAACAACAACGUAGUUUCUGCUUUAAUAAAGUGGGGAGCGGAUAUAAAUGCUCAAGAUUAUGAACUGUACACUCCCCUUAUAGAAGCUGUUCAAUGUAAUAAUCUGGAACUUGUUUGUUUACUUCUUUAUUAUGAUGCAGAUGUAAAUAUCAUCUCGUCUAGCGGCCUUACAGCUUUCAUGUAUGCCACAAUGAGUUUGCGACAAUAUGAUGUUGCCAAAACCUUAUUUGAUUAUUAUGAUGACUUCUCAUUAGUUUCUAUUUAUGGUGAUACAACACUUUCAUUGGCAGCGAAGGCAAAAAAUCCUAUUGCUAUUGACAUAGUUAAAGCGGCUGGAAUCGGGUACAAUUGUUGCGCAGAACUAUUAAGAAUCUCCUUAACAUUCGAUGAUCUUGAGUUCUUCAAGGAAAUUUGGAAACGCAUAGAUUUCACAGAUCUCACAGUACAUCAUUUAGACUUGACAUAUGCAGUAUUGCAUACGGCUUUACCAAAGCAAGAUUGGCUGGAUUGCAUGUAUUUACUGCUUUCCUCCUCUGUGGCCCAGAAUUUAAUCAGCAAUACAUCUAUAUGUGCCAAGGGAUUAUUUAAAAGGUUAUCUUUUACAUUCCAACAGAAAGGAAUAGAAUUAUCAGAUAGACUGCAGAUUAUGUGUUUAUAUUUAUCAUUAGGUUAUACCACCACACUAGCAGACUUAUCAGCAAUUUAUGAGAAGUACGGUUUCAAUGAAGAAUUACACCUCUUACUUGACCACCCACUUUUGGAAUGUGAUAAUAAGGCAGAAAUAAUCCACCCAAUGGUUACCUUUAUAUUGGGUUUUGAAAAAGAAAUCUGCAAACAGUACCUAAUUAGCUUAUUACAUAAAUAUGCUUCAUGUACAAGCAUUCGUGAUAGUACAAAGAACUUUGCCGCUAUAUUAUAUACUUUUAAAUUUUUUUCAGUUCCUUGUAUUGAAAAACAUUUCCUCAUUUAUUGUUCAAAUAGUGACAUUAAACUGUCAGAUAGAUCCGAAACACCUUGCCUAGUUGAACUUUGCCGAAACAAAAUUCGAAACCAUUUAAGACUGAUUUGCAAUAUAAAAAAAUCACAUCACAUAUACAAUGUUGUUAAAAGGUUGCCUAUUCCUAAGACCAUAUUGGAUAUUUUGCUUUUUAAAAAGCCAUUGUAUUAAGUAUAGGAGUUACUAUUAUUGUUUUAGUUACCAAAUAAUCCACAGUUGUUAAUAAAAAACACUUUUAUUAUAAAAGUAUAUUUUUGUACCUAUUAAA